UCUACAUGAACCAGGAGCUCAAGAUGCAGGCGGUGCUCCCCAGAGCCAAGAAACAGGUGGUGCCAGCCAGUGAUGAAGGUGACCAUGACCCUGACUACGAGAACGUCACCUUGACCCACAGAAAUCACGACCAGCCCAGGAGCGGGGAUGCACCGUCCACCACGAGCCAAGGCGCAGCCCAGCCCAGGCCACCCUCGGACGCCGCCCAGGUGCCGCAGUGGCUGUACAAAGCCAUCAUGAGCCUGUACAUCCUCCUCGCGCUGGCCUUCCUCCUCUGCAUCAUCCUCUCAGCCUUGGUCCUGGUGAAGUAUUCUGAGAUGGCCGAGGAGCUGCAGGAUUUGAGAACGCAGCUUUGGAACGUCUCCAGCUGGACGCAACGGUGCCGGGAGGAACAGCAGACCGGCUGGAGCAGCGUGGAGCGCCUCCUUCACGAGGUUAUGAACAGCAUUCAGGGCGUGGCAAGCAAAGCGCAGGCCGGCAGUGAGAAGCUGAAGACGGUGACAGCAGAAAUAACCCAGAUCAACAGAAACAUACAGAAAAUCUUCGAAAAGCUGGAGAAAAAAGCAAACCCAUAGCCCUGGCUUCAACAAGCGAGAGGACAUCACCGACACAGCUUGGAGGAUGGAGAAGACGGAACACGGCCCCGCCCCCAGCCGGUGUGACCCGGCCCCUCCUCCACCUAGAGAAUGCUGUGCUGGGAGCCCUGUGGUUAAGACCCCCACAUCCCACAUCAAGGUUCCUGGGCUCCAUAGCAGACUCCAGCUUCCUGUCCACGCACACCCUGGGAGGCAGCUCAAAGUGCUGGGUUCCUGCUGCCCACGUGGGGGACCUGGCUAGGGUAGGGUUCCCGGUCCUUGGCUCUGCCCCCAAUUUCUGAGGGCAUUUGGGGAGUGAACCAGCAGAUGAGACCUCUUGUUUGUCUCUCUCCUUUCUCUGUU